GGGAAACUGGGAACGGAGGUCACGUGACUCACGUUAAGGACUCGUCCCGUACUCCAAAAUCUGAACCGUUAUCUCCAAAGCUUCGUCGCCGGCGAAGACAUUUCGGAUGCACCCCUCUUCGUUUGACGAUGCAAUUGCCAAACCAGGGAUUCAAACCGAUCAUCAAUCUAAUUAAAUUCCACAUAUCCACGCACUUUAUCUCCUCAUCUUUUUAUUCUGGCGAAAGACGCGCUUUGUCUUGAUUGACAAAGAUGUUCCCCUGAAGCGAGCAAGAUUAAUAGCGAAUUGCAGUCGUCUAUUUUUGCUCAGCUUCAGGCACUUCGCGGACAUCCUCGUGCACAACUCAUUCAGGUUUCUUAGCAGUACCUUGUUGAACUUAUGCGAAGAUGAGGAGAAGAAGCCGCCUUUUAGAAACUCCUUCCUUACAUUGCUUGUUUUCCAGUACCGCCAUAGCUGUUUUUCUCCAGGUGCUUGGGGCUGCUUCGGUUGCGGUUCCGAGUUCCAACUGCUACGCUCUUGACAAUUCCAGUCACAUUUAUGAUUUCAGCAGCUGGAUUGGACAUGUUUUUGAGUAUGAUGGGGGGAAGGAUUCUGACUUGGCUGUUCGAUUUUGUAAGGAUGUGGAGAGUAGAGCACAUUCGGGCUAUGUUGACUUUGGAAGAUUUGAUCAUUUCAACUAUUUUGUUGCUGGUUCAGGUCAUGCUAGUUUUGUUCAAGAGUUCUAUGGUGGUGACCUUAGGAAUUGUGAGCAUACUUAUGACAAAAUGGGACGUACAGCUCAGGUCAACAUCAUAUGUGGAAAUUGCUCAGAUAGAUACUGUAAAGGUGAACUUGGAUGCAUAUGCAAUGUCACAUACGAGUCAACUUGCAGAGUUCUAGUUGAACUUGCCAUUGCAUGUGAGAAACAGGGCCCACAAGUGUUUGAAGGGUUCACAGUUGGUUUUCACCCACGGUCUUGGGAGCUUGUUUACAAUGGCUUGACUCAAAUGGGUUAUGAGAAAUCUCAUCAUGAAUUUAGUUUCAAAACUGAACAGACCCAUGUGGCCCUUUACAUGACAGCAAUUGCUUCACUUUCAACUUUAGUGCAAAAACCAACUUUUAAGAUCUCCCCAGAACAUGGCCUUGAGGUUAAGUUAUCAGGCUCAGGGGCGAGUGGGAGACCACCAACAACUUUGUCGCCAACAAUAUUGAUGGUGGAUUGGAGAUGUGAGAAGGCCCGCAAUACUCCAUAUGAAGUUGAGAUAACUAUCCCAGUUAAGGGUUAUGACUCAAUCCAGUUUACUCUUACAAAGAUGUGUGAAUACAUACAACAUAAAGAGGGCGAGGCAAUGCACGGAUGGGCUAUAUUUGGAGUAAUAUCUUGCACGUUGAUUGUUUCUACAACGUUGUUCUGUUCUGGAGGAUUUGUCUACAACACACAAGUGCAGAACCGGCAUGGCCUUGAUGCGCUGCCAGGCAUGACAAUUGUAUCUGCAUGUUUAGAAACAGUGAGCAAAGGAGGGCACAACUAUUCUCAUCAAGAAGACAUUAAUAGCCCUUUUGUCAAUCAAGUCUCUUGGGAACGUCCGCCUGUGCCUGCCCAAGGACCAAGGAGAACAACAAACGAAAGAAGAUAUGGUGCAAUUUGAACUCGUGGCAUUUGCUGAUCUUCACUCUUCCAAAUGCUGUACUUAAAAAGUGUCAUCAGAGAUAAGACCCAUACAAGAUGGGGCUUUCUUUUGAGGAAACAAGUACGUUUGGAUAGUUAUUCUGACAAUAUAGGAAAUUCUCUUCUUCCUUAUCAUCUACAUUUCAUCUCUGCUCGAGGAGAUACAGGUAUGCCUUCUCUUGGUGGGGUACAACAACAUGGUAAAAACCCGGUUUUGUAGAUUGAAAGAUAUGUGCUGUUGUAAUUCACCGCUAGUUGACGUGCAAUUUUCUCAACAGGUAGGAGCACUUUCUUCGUAUCUCUUAUCUGAUAACAGAUAGAAACACAUCUAAAACUAUAUUGGUUGCUACAAGUAAUUAUAAACGUCACAUUCUUUA